AUGGCGGGUCGUUUCUAUCACCCCCCGGCCAUGGCGCGGCUCCGGUUUGCCAACGCGGAUGACGCCCAGGCCAUCAUGGCGCUCGUCAAUGACAGCAUGUCCAAGACCUUCCGCGUCACAACCGCUUCUGACAUCAUCUAUCUUUUAGACAACUGUGUGUUAUCAAUAUGUCAGUUGGACAUCCACGAUUCUAUUGUCGGCUUCAUGGCAGUCAAGGACUACCCACUGAUACCCUCGGUCCAUCCCAGCGCUUGGGAAGGAUACAUCUGGAGUAAAUACAAAUCCAUCGAGCUUAACUCAAGGAACACUCUAUGGAUCCACCUGUUGUGCUACAACCCAGCAUACGGCCGCGACGUGGUCGACAACAUUCUGAAGUCUGUCUUCAUGCACGACCCUUACGUUCAGUACAUAGCUAUGAUCAAAACUUUGAUUACUUGUCCGUUGUUAAUCCCUGGACAAUCAAGGUCUGAAGGUGCGUUCAGACGGGUGCAGGCGAUGGAGCGCGGCGUUCCCGGGGACCAGCUCCCAGGUCUCUGCAUAGCCGACAGGGUCGAAGUCAGCCCUAGGUUGAGGGUUAGACGAGCUGUCGAAGAAGACAAUGACGACAUAGUGCCUAUAAUCGAGCACCAGUCGCCUCGCCUGAGAGAGAUCUAUGGAGAGUUCUAUAUCAGCGAACUCAUAUCUAGGCAUCCAGAGUCUGAAAGAGUAUUGCUGGUUUGCGAGCACAAAGAGGUGGCCGUGGGCGUGAUGUGCAUCAACACUCAGAUAAAUUACGAGGCUCUGGAGGAGAACUUCGAGCUGUCUCCGUUUGGUGGUCUUCGUUACAUGGAAACGCAUACCUACGUCAAGUCCAAUCCAGAAACGGAUGAGUGCGUCAGUAUGUCCCCAAGCAUGACGAUGACCCCGGAUAUAUCUUCAGUCCACAAAUUUGAUUCAAGUCUAAAAAUGAAGGAUUUUUUAAAAGCCAGAGUAACAUGGAUACCGGAAGACGACAACAUGCCUGACAGUGCAGACUUGAACCUGAUUGCCGGCCACCGAACCACGCCCACGUACGCCGGCAGCCAGCUGGAGAUCCUCCACCUUCUGGAAGACGAGGAUGAGGAGUUGGAGUUCGAUAUUGUCAAUAUUGACCACGCUCUGCUGAGGGUGCCCGAAGUUCUUGGCUAUAAGAACAUUGAAGGACUGGCUGAUAGUAUUACAAAGCAAAUAGAGGAGACGAGCAAGAUAAAGAAAGAGGACGAAGAAAAAGCUGCUAAAAAUAAUAAAAAGAGGAAUCCCUCAGCGCCAAGUUUCUCCAGCAAUUCUACCAGCAAACCUCACGAGCCUAACCGCUACGCCGGGGCUCCCAACGCAUUUCUUCUGGAGCUUUUUGCUAUCCAUCCCGAUUAUGAUGAGAGAUACGGGUUCGACAUAUUAGAAGCUGCGUACGAGCUGUUUCCCAACAGGGACUACUGCAUACUCUGCCUGCCGUCCAAUCAUCCAUCUUUUCCCCUACUCGAUCACUUUACGUUGGUGACACCUUACGGGAACAGGCUCAGAUUUAUCAACGAGACCUUGUACGUGGCGCACGUCAACUCUGUCAGAGGCACCAUAGCGGUUCGUCCAGGUGAAGCCCAUGACCUGGAGAGAUUGAGCGAUAUCCUGGAACACGCGCCGAGGCCCCAGGCCCUGCUGGACCUGUUUGAGUCCACCCUCGACUCUAAGAUCCUGUCAUCAUUUAUGCUGCUGAGUGAGAAGCAACCAAUCGGAGUCAUUGUUAUUGGACCUAUAACAGACGGGGCCGCUGUUCGUAUGCAGUACGAUUUAGAAGCGGAACCACGUCGAGCAGGAACUGAUGCCACUGUGGUGGCUGGUGUGCUGUCCCCAGCGUUCGAGCCCCACGGCCGCUGGUUUAUGCGCGACAUCUUGCGGCAAUCGCCGUACACUACACUCUUCUGGUUGUGCCGACUCUUCGCCAGGGGUGAUGUGGGCCCGAGCCGCAAUCUGACUUCCAUGGCGACACACAUGACCCCAGUGCACCCUCGACGCACGGUGCCCAAUAUCACAGGGAAUAAGGACUUGGAUAAGUUGACACAGGAUUUGGCUGUCCCCUUCGCGUUAUGGGUCCUGGAACGGCCGCUGACCUCGGUACCAAAAGUGUUUGUCAACAACAGCAUCGUAGUGGUGGGAGCCAGUCGGACGGGACUGGCUUUCCUGGAAACACUUAUCAUGGGUUCCACAGCACCAUACCUGACCUUCACCAACGUGACCCUGGUGACGGAGCACGGUCUACCCACGGUCGCCGAGUGCCUCAAGGCGGCGGACACCUGCGUGCCCAAGUUGGGACGGUACACCGACCGGUACCUCAAGACCGUGCCGUUCUACUUCUACGUGGACGUCAUGACCGCUGUCAUGGUUAAUAUUGACAGACAAAAGAAAUGCAUUCAUCUGAAAGGCGGCGGGGUCAAGUACUACGACGACUUAGUGCUUACAUGCGGCCAGCAGUUCCAGCAUCCAGACUAUUUGAGCGAAUCUCUUGAACUGGUGAAAGAAAUCGAAAAAGGGAGACCGUGCGAGCGUAUGCUGAUGGAUAAUCCAAAGUACCAACCAGAGCGAGUGCCACCUCCCCCCGACAUGCCGGACAAUCUGUUCCUGGUCAAUUCACUGUUCGAAGCCAAUUUCAACCUGAGGAAGCUCGUUAAGAUGAUAUCUGAAGCGAAAGACACACCGCGCUGCCUCAGCGAAGACAACCAUGUGAUAGUGUACGGAGACUGUAUAGAAGUGUACUCGUGCAUGGCCGCUCUCCUGGAGCUCGGUAUUCAGGCCAGCAUGAUCACGUUCGUGGAGCCGUUCCCGCCCGAGGACAGCAACGCUAUGCGGGUCAACUGCUUCAAUGAUGAAAUCGUGGACGGAAGAGUUCAGGCGAGCAUCAAAAAGUUGGGAAUCCGCGAGCUUCGUCGCUGCACCCUCCACGGCUGGAAUGUGCACCACAACAAUAUCAUCUCCGUCGACCUGAUGGCCCCGCUGCAUGCAAUCUUCCUGCCUUGCUUCGCUUUAUUCUACUACGGAUUGAAAGCAAUUGAUCUGUACGCUUUCAAAGCUAUAAACGAGAGUGGGUUAGUUUACGACGGCGGCGUCGUGGUGAGUCCCCAAUUCGAAACCAACGACCCUCACAUCUACGCGGCGGGGACUUGCGUCCGCUAUUCUAGAAAAUUGUACGCUAAGAGGAUGAAUCACCGCUAUUAUUCUUCAGAGGACGUCGGGGAAGCGCUCGCAAGACAAUUUCUAAGAAAAGUGGAUCCGUUCGUAAUGGCCGACCCCCGCCCGGAUCCGACUGACACAUUGCACCCAUGCAGCUCAAGUGUUCUCGGAUGGCAACCAGUGUUGAAAUUCGAAUCGCCGUUGAUGGUGGCGGCCACCGUGCCCGGGCCGAUGUACUACGUGAAGCUGAGGAAACCAGGGCCAGAAAUACCCAUGGAAGUGCAGCUGUCACUUCCUCAUCAGGGCCACACCCUGUUGACAGACAAACGAAAUAACUACUUCCGCGUGCAAGUGAACGUUUUGCAUUGCGUGGAUGCUGUCACCUGCCUGGCGAGGAAGUAUUUCUCCACGGAGAUCCUGUCGCAACUCUAUGGGAAACACGAGGCUCUGUUCAACAAGCUUUUGGCUCGAUUCAAUUUGGGACUGAUUGAGGAUUUUUACGAGUUCUUCACUCAGCCCUGGAUGUCCCUUCUCUAUCAAGAAACCUUCGAUAAAUUGAUGACUGAUAUAGCCGAACAAGAUAUUGGAAAGACUUGCGAAUUUAUAUCUAAGGAACCACAGAGCGAUGACAAUGCGGACGACUCCGACAUGCCUUCGGGGACUUUGAUAGAAGUGUUGCGUGGACUCAAUGAGAGGAAAGAAAUCGGCACUUUCCGUUCUGUUCUUGAUAAUUUCAUUGGAAAAACCAGUAUAUCGCAAUUAGAAUGCGGGCAAAGCGCACAAAUCCGCGGAGAGGCGAACGCGUUCUGGCGUGCUGUGGGCGGCGAUCGCAUCGUGGUGGCGCACGUCGCCCGGUUCCUCAACAAGAACUCCGUCACCAACCCGCAUUUCGCCGCCCCCAAGCCGGGGUUCUAUUGA